AUGCACCUACCCAAAGCCCCCAUUCUCACCCUCCCCCCAACCCACCCAACCCUCCAAACCCUCAUGCAAACCUUCCUCUCCCCAACUGCAACCCCCCAAACAAUGCAAACCACCAUCCACGCCCUAACCACCGAACUCAUCACCACUGCCAAAUCCCACGACCCAAAUCUCGCCCACAACCCAACCAUGAUCCCUAUUCUCCGCGGCGCACUCCCCAUGUUUGUUGCCGCGGCGCCGCUCUUCCCGGCUACUACCUGCGUCCUGGCCCGCUGCAGUAAGAAAAAGGGUACCCAGGAAGUUGUGGUCGAGUGGCCGGGUCGGAGGCCGUUUCCGCCGGCGGCGGAUGAGGGGAAGAUCGUGGUGCUGGAUACGUUGGUUGCGACGGGGGAUACGGUGGUUAAGCUUUGUGAGGAGCUUUGGGAGAUGAGUGGGGGGAGGGAGAGGUCGGUGGCAGUGUUGUGUUGUUAUGCGGCGCCGGAGGCAUUGGAGAGGGUUGCGGCUUGUCCGGUGGUGGAGUAUGUGGUUGUUGCGGCGAGGGCGGAGAGGUGUGAUGAGGCUGGGUAUUUGGUGCCGUAUACGCAUGGAGAUAUUGGGGAUAAGAUUUAUGGGGCUGCGUGGAAGGAGAAGGAGAAGGUGGUGAGGCCGGUGGUGGCGGAGGGGGAGGAGGAUGUGGAUGGUGUUGUUUCGGGGGUGGAGGGUUUGCUGGUGCGGAAUGGGGGACGGUGGGAGUUGACGGACGAUGGGUUGGGGAUUGAGCGCGAGAUUCAGUUUCCUUCGUUUAAGAAGGCUUGGGCUUUUAUGCAGCUGGUUGCUGAUGCGGCGGCGAAGUAUCGCCAUCAUCCGGAGUGGACGAAUGUUUAUAAUAAGGUCUCUAUACGAUGGACCACGCACCAACCGAGAGGGUUGACCGAGUUGGAUGUGAAGCUGGCGCAGCUCUGUGAUAGUUACUGUGAAACGUAA